UUCCCUUUCUUCUCCUUCCUUCGAGGAAAAUAUUUCUUUAUGUCUUUUCCUCCUAAUUAAGCUUUAUUCUCUUUACGCCCUAUAUAUAAAUACCUUAUAUGUAUACCUCUAUUUGAACUCAUCGUUAGAGACCUGUACACCCAUCUCUAUUUGAUAAUGGGAUCGCAAAAUGGGGUUGUUUUUGAGGACUUUUUUCCGGCCAUGGUGGAGAAACUAGGUGUUGAGGGGUUCAUGAAGGAGCUGUGUAAUGGGUUUCGGUUGUUGAUGGAUGGGGAGAAGGGAGUGAUCACUUUUGAGAGCUUGAAGAGGAACUCCGAGUUGCUUGGGUUGCAAGAUAUGAGCGAUGAGGAGGUGGUUUGCAUGCUGAGGGAAGGUGACUUGAAUGGAGAUGGAAAUCUUGAUGAAAUGGAGUUCUGCACUCUUAUGUUUAGGUUGAGUCCUGGAUUGAUGAAGAGUUCUAGGAAUUUGUUGAUUGAGUCCAUUAUUAGUGAAAUGUGAGCCAUGUUAUAAUUUCAUCCAUUGUCAAAAUUACAAUGUAGCUUUGUCUCUUUCUUCUCUUUCUAAUUCUUCUUCCUCUGGUUUAUAUCAAUGAGAAAUUCUUACAAAAAUAAUCUUUUUUUUAACCA